AGUAGGACCGGCUUUCUUCGGCACCCUGUUCCUUCAUUUUUAUCCCGCUGGGUGCGCGCAAUAUGGAAUCUCCGCAGCACUCCAUUGCAAAGGCAGACGAGGCAUUGCUCGCUGAGCUCGGGUACAAGCAGGAGUUCAAGCGUGCAUUCACACCCCUAGAGGUAUUUGGUAUAGCUUUCAGCAUUAUUGGCUUACUGCCCUCGAUCGCUUCUGUUCUGUUUUACGCCGUGCCUAAUGGAGGACCAGCCUCAAUGGUGUGGGGUUGGGCAGUUGCCAGUUUGUUUAUCCUCUGCAUAGGGAUGUCGAUGGCAGAAUUGGGUUCUGCAGCGCCAACAUCAGGAGGCUAUCCUCGAAUGACGUGGAUGAACUACAGUUAUACUUCUGGACAUCACUCCUUGUCAUCUCUACGGUGUAGGAAUUUGCUUUCCUGGAUUGUUGGGUGUAAGUCUUUCACGUCCAUUGUGACGAGCAGAACGUCUAUCGAUUGGGGAUGUGCAGUGCAAAUAAUGGCAGCAGCAUCCAUUGGCUCGGGUCAGACCUUUACCGCCACAAGUGCGCAGACAUUCGGAGUCUAUGUUGCAAUAGUCCUAUCUCACGCGGUGAUAUGCUGCUUGGGAACUGCUGUGCUGGCCAGACUGCAAACAGUUUAUGUCGUGCUCAAUGUGGGUUUGUGUCUCGCCGUUAUGAUUGGCCUUCCCGCUGCCACCCCGAAGGAGAACAUGAACAGUGCAAGCUAUGCGCUCGCCAAUUUCACAAACUUGAACGGCUGGCCAGAUGGCUACGCAUUCAUUCUGAGCUUCCUUGCGCCGUCCUGGACAAUUGGCGCCUUUGAUUCGAGUGUACAUAUUAGUGAGGAAUCGUCGAAUGCUGCUACUGCUGUCCCAUGGGCCAUUGUCAGCGCCAUUGGGAUCGCAGGAAUCCUCGGCUGGGCAAUCAACGUCUCUCUUGCAUUCUGCAUGGGCACCGACGUGGACUCCCUUCUCAACAGCCCGAUUGGACAGCCCCUAGCUCAAAUCUUCUUCGACAGAUUCGGCCAGAACGCGACGCUUGCAUUAUGGUCCAUCGUCGUCCUCGCUCAAUAUAUGAUGGGCUCGAGCAUGGUCCUUGCUUCAUCCCGCCAAACAUUCGCAUUUGCUCGUGAUGGCGCACUACCGUUCUCAUCCUGGCUGUAUCGUAUGAACGGCUUCACCAAGACGCCCGUCAACACCGUUUGGUUCGUCGCCGCCAUCUCGAUCAUCUUCGGCUUGUUGUCCUUCGCGGGCCCGCAAGCUAUCAAUGCUAUCUUCUCUCUUUCCGUGACGGCACUAUACAUCGCAUAUAUCAUACCAAUCGCAGCGCGCUUCGCGUUCAAAAACGAUUUCAAGCCCGGUCCAUUCAAUUUGGGCAUCUUCAGCUUUCCGGUCGCUGUCAUUGCGGUGUCCUACAUGUUCAUCAUGGACAUUGUAUUUUUCUUCCCGACGACGCCACAAACCGAUGUUGCGAACAUGAACUACACCGUGGUCGUUCUAGGUGGUAUACUCAUGUUGUCUAUCAUGUGGUACUAUUGCCCUGUGUAUGGCGGCGUGCAUUGGUUCACAGGUCCAGUGUCGAAUAUUGAGAUGCUGGGCGAAGAGGGUGCGUCUAGUAUUCGUGUGUCGGUGGAGAAGAAUGUGCGUGAAGACAUCGUGGAACCGUCUGUUGGGACUUGAUAGUAGA